AUGAUAGUAGAAGCCAAUGAUAGCCAAAUUUAUAUAUAUAUUGAAGAAUCAACCGAUCAAACAAUUCAUUCUAGCCCCGAACAUCCAAUUAUAGGAAUACCAAUAACUGAUACUCCAAUCAACUAUGUGAUAGAGAAGGACGAGGAGGUGGCAUUGGCAUUUAUAUUAAAUCUAUGUAUCAGGACAGAGCAUAUGAACUCUGAAGAAAAAGACGCAAUCAAGAAGUUAGUAAGAGAGUAUUCAGACAUAUUUCACAUAGAUGGAAAUAAAGCCGUGGGAUUCUUGAAAGGUCUGGGCUCCCUCAAAACUGUCAGGGUAAUCCCUAAAAAAUUCAAGCAAGAAUUGCUCCACGUUAGGGACCGCAUCUUCAAGGUAUCUUUGGUGCCAUCUUAUUCUGCUAUAGCCUGGAUAAAAGCAAAGAGUAGGAUGCAGAUUUAA